AUGACGACAACGUUACCGCGCCCGUCUCGGCCUUCAGUCGGGCCUCCCAAUAUGGCACUGCCGGCCUUGCCAGUGAGCAAGACGCGCAAGAGUACAGGAAAUAUCCCCUCGCCCACAGCCUCGAUCAGAUCAGCCCCGGGCACACCCCGAUCCGGUCUUCGAACGCCGUCGACAAUGAGCCUGGCCCCCCCAGGCCCGGCACCGUCAGCUGCACUCCCACAGCCAAGGACUGGCUCUGGUGUCAAUGGUCCCGGAAAAACUCUCCGCAAGAGUGUCAGCAUCAACUCUUUCCCACAACCGCCCAGGGGAGAUACACGUUCGAGCAGCGGCGUCCCGCCUAGUCCAAGGGCCGCAGACAAACCCCGAUCGACAAGGAAGCCCUCAAAGGUCGCGAAGGAAUCCAUGUACAGCACGCUGAGUUCGAGCACACCAAGCUUCCUUAAUGGUAGCGGGGAAGGAAAGUCAAUUACGAGUGUACGCAUGUCAGACGGUUUGAUCAGUGUUGCGUCACCACCUCAAAGUCGUAGUUCUUCAGCACAAGAUUCAUACUCGACAUCAGCUACGACAUAUGAUGACCCCGCGGAAGGAUCGGGCCAGAAACCUGAUGCCUCAAAUGACAAGCGAGCAUCAAAACAUGAUGGGAAGGGGAAUGUCGUUGUAAGUGUCAGGGUUCGACCAGACGCUAACGGAAACAACGGGAGCCCUGAGGGUGAGUGGAUGGUCGAUGGGCGCAAGUCGCUCAUCUCGUUCAGAGGGAAGGAUGGUGGUGACCAUUACUAUGACAAUGUUUUCACGACACAUGACAAUAACUCCAGAGUAUACGACCAUAUUGCGAAACGGCUAGUCCGACGGGUUAUGGAGGGUUACCAUGGUACUGUCUUUGCGUACGGUAUGACUGGCACCGGAAAGACAUUUUCUAUGCAAGGAACCGCUUCAUCACCAGGCGUGAUUCCACUUGCCAUCACCGAUAUCUUUUCUUACAUCCGAGAAACACCAUCACGGGAAUUUUUGCUGAGAGUCAGCUAUCUGGAGAUUUACAAUGAAAAAAUCCAUGAUUUAUUAAGUAUGCCCAUUGCGAACGGCGUUGGAGGGGGUGCACAGCAAGAAGAGAUUAAGCUACGUGAAGACAGCAAGCGCGGUGUGUAUGCUACCCCGCUGAAGGAGGAGAUCGUUCAGAGCCCUACGCAGCUCCUGCGAGUCAUUGCACGAGGCGACCAAGCCCGAAGGACCGCCAGUACACAGUUCAACGCUCGAAGUUCACGAAGCCACGCAGUCGUUCAAAUUGUCGUGGAGUCUCGGGAGAGAAUACCAGGUGUUUCGGUUGCAGGCGAGGGUAAGCGGUCUGGCCUUUUGCCUGGUGGCGUGCGAGUAUCAACACUCAGCUUAAUCGACCUGGCUGGCUCCGAGAAGGCCGCUGAAUCUAAAGAGCGUAGACAAGAAGGUGCUCAUAUCAACAAGAGUCUGCUCACCCUGGGCACGGUUAUUUCAAAACUUUCAGAGUGGAAGGAGAAAGAAGCAAAGGGCACAGACAAGGAAGGGAAGCAUCUUCCAUAUCGUGAUAGCAAACUCACUCGGCUGUUGCAGGGAGCUUUAUCUGGGAAUUCUCUAGUGAGUAUUCUUUGCACGAUACAGAUCGGAGCCGGUAAUAGCGCGGCUUUGGCCAACAAUCACACUCUGGAAACGAUUAAUACCCUCAAAUUUGCCUCGAGAGCCAAGAAUAAUAUCGUUAGCCAUGCAAAGAAGGCCGAGGAAGCUCUUGGAGCUGGCGGCGAAGGCGGAGCUCGAGUUCUGCUUGAGCGCUAUCGCAUGGAAAUCUCGGAAUUGCGCCAGCAACUUGAGUCUCAGGCAAAGAAGAACAAGGGGGAAGUGGUGGAGGAAGAAGAAAAGAUACACAACGAAGAGGAAGAGAAAGCCAGAGAAGCUGAGGCUGCGGAGCGACAUGAGGAGCAAAUUCUUGAGAUGCAACUCGCCCGGACAGCCCUGAAGGAACGAAUCGACCAUCUGAACCGCCUCAUUCUCAGCUCAAAGUCCAUCGGUGUCAAUUCGAAUGGGUCAAUAAGCUCUCUCGGUCAAUAUGCCCGGUUUUCCCAGUUCUCGCAGAUAUCUUUGCCAGCAUCAAUUCGCUCGUCAGUUGCCACUUCUGUAGGUGGCAAACCGCUGAUGGAACGUACAUCAUCUAUGACAUCGGCAUCUUCGACCAUCGGCCGUCGAUCUAGUGGUGGCCAGAAGAUUGGAGAUGAAGUUGGAGACGCUGAAGAUGAUAGUGCAGGUGAAUUUGGUGAUGGUACAGCAUCUUUGACGGCUCAGAAUCGUGCCCUACAAGCCGAUCUUGCAGACAAGAAUCGAUAUAUUGCGACGUUGGAAAAGCGUCUUCUUCAAGCACGUCGCGCGAGCUCUAGCCGGGCAUCCGUGGGUUUUGCGGCCCCGAACAAAGCUAUUAUGGUCGGAGAAGAUCACAGUGUAUCUGCUGCCUUGCGGGAAAAAGAUUCCGAGAUAGCAGAUCUUCGAGCAAGACUUGACGAUAAGGAUAGAAUGUUGGCUGCUUUGAGAAGUGCAGCACGGUCACGCGACACAGCCGAAGCGACUGUUGAGCCUCGUUCUCCGCCUCCUCAACAAGAGGGCCAUCCUGAAGUAGCCAUCGGCGCGAAGCCAGUGGAGGUAGAAAAGAAGCGAACCCGAGGUGUUGACGAGAUGAAUAACCUUUUGGACGAAAUGCUACAAGAUCGGGUUGAGAGAGGCCAGGUGGUACGUGGCAAGCGAGGUAGCGUACGCCUGGCGGGUGGACAGAAGAUGGACUCCUUAGCAGAACCCAACUUUGAGCCUUUACGACGAACUCCCACGCCGAAUCCCCCUGAGGAGCGGAAAGACAUGCCGGCAGAGGCAUAG